AUGCCGCUCAGGAACAGAGCAGGAUCUUUCCGACAGACUCUAAAGUCAGUCCUGGUUUAUCUCUGGGAUGUUUAUUCUGCUCCUAUACCUGCUGGCAGAGACGUCCUGACUCUACUGUCUCUCUGUUUCACACUCGCCAUCAUCACUGGUGGCCUGCUUUAUCACUGGCUGUCAAAGACUCUCAAAUACAACCAUGUGACGUCCAUCCAGACCGCCAGCACCUACAGCGUGGCUGUGCUUCUGGUCUCGUUCCUGUGUCACCCUCUGCGGUGCGUGCUGACCAUGAUCCUGCCAACCGUCUGCACCAAACAGGGCCGUAAACUCCUCAUCUCAGCCUCCGUCAUGAUUUUAAUUUUGAACGUCGUCCCUAAUAUCACAGUGAACAUUGGAGCGGUCGCACGCCUCCUGAAAUGCACGGCUGAGGGUUUCACAAAGACUUUAUUAAACUCGUCUGAGCUUCUGAAUCAUGCAAAAACAGACCUUGUUGAGGAAACCAAACAGAAGACGGAUGACUUGAUUGUCACCAAGUUGAGGAAGUUAGAUCAGCACACACAUGUUGAUGUGUCAGAAGUUAAAAGCAGGUUUACUAUGAUGAUCGGGCAAAUAGAGGAAAACUUCUCUGGCACCAGGAACCUGCUCAAAGAAUGCAAACUGCUCUCAAACCGGAUCCUUGCUGCCGUUUUUGUUGCUUUGCUUAUCUUUGAGUCUGCACGUUACCUGAAGUCUUACCUGACCACGGUUCAGUUUGAUAAUGCCUACAUUUCCAAAGAGCUCCUGCAAAAAGCGACUCACACCGGCAACAAAAGCACAGCUAAAAACAAGACUUAUUCCACAAGCUGCAGGAUAACAAAUCAGGAAUGUACCUCCUGUUUCAUAACACUGAUUGUGGUGACGUUAUAUUUCAUUGCAAUAACGUUGAUAGUAGUUUUGGAUUAUGUUGUGUAUCAUGUAGUUCAGAUGAUUGUGCCGUGGUUACUGGAUUUUCCACCGACAACUGCCAGCAUAAGUGUCAAUUAUAAGGUUAAGAUGUUCCCGCCUGCUUCUUGUAUUAUUCCACAAUUCUGUGGCACAACAGAGCUCACAAACUUCCACAGAGACUACAAGUGGACCUUCAACCCCGAGCCGUCGCUCUGCGACGUGGCGACCUCAGCUCCAAACCGUGGUGUCACGUUCCUGCUCGGAUGUCUCUGGCUGAUGAGUUACUCUCUGGUGUUUCUUGAGGUUUACGCCAUGCGGCUGCGGAGGAAGAUCUCUGCAUCGUUUUUCAGAGAGCAGGAGGUGAGAAGAAGGGAUUACCGGAUGAAGAAGGUACAAAUGAAGCUGAGUGAACAACAACAAAAAGAGACUGUUUCUGUCAAGGUUGGCCAUGUGUGAUGUUGACUUCAUUAUUUCAUUGUUGACUACAAUGAAACGUCCUUUCAGGCCUCCUGCACCUACUGACUUUGUGACAAUGUGACUUUGACUGGACAAGUUUUAAUGCAAGCAGUGUGGCUCUAUCGACUGAGUGUUAAUCUUGUUGGUCCAAAUAAUUAGACUGAUUGUCAGGGAGGUGCCAAGAUGUUGAAUUCUCACUUGUCAUGUAGCACCACCAGCUAAAAAGUCAAAGUCUUGACAAGGGCAGUGUUUAGCUCAGUUGGUAGAGCAGCCAUCCCAAAUAAAGUCAAAGUCUUUAUAUGUCAACUGAAGCAGACCAUUGACCUUAAAAAAAACAUGGAUAUGUACCUCUGCUGCCUCCAGUCUAAUCUAGAAAUGUUCAAAGAUUUGGAGCAUGGGUGGAGCUGACACAGGCCGAAUGAAGCCUGGGUACUAAAACAGCCAUCUGUAACGGCACCUACUUGUCAAUCAAUCAGAAUCGAUUAAUUCUGACUGCAGGCUGUAAACAUGUUUAUUUCUACUGUGAAGUUGGACAGUUUAACAUGGGGACCUAUGGAG